UUUGGAUUGCAAUUUUAGAAUCGAUGCAAGAAAAUAAUCAACCUUUCUAUUUUCCUCCUCCGUUGAAAAACCAAAGACAAAAUGUAGAGAGUACUGAACAAACUGCUUUUCAUUCGUUCGAAACAGAAAGUGCUCAACAACCCUCAAUAAAUGAAAACCUGAUGUCUCCGCCACGUUUUCAACAACAGUAUUCGACAACAGUCCCAACCAACGUGACUCAACAAGUGCCCUUGAACUUUUCUAAUAAUAUUAUGACACAGGAAAGUUAUCAAAUACCUAACAACGGGAACUGGUUUUCAAACACAGCGGCUACUGAACAAGGCGCAACUGGCUUUGACACUCUGGUCAACCAACAAGCUAUUGGAGCAACCUUUGCGCGUUUAGGUGUACAGUAUGGGUCACACUUACUUCAUGCAGGUGGUGUGGGAAAGCAAGAAGUUCAGGAAGUUACCCGUUGGUUAAGACUCUUGAAGUAUUAUUUUCUAGUGAAUAACCAAUAUGUAUUGCAUAAGCUUGCAUUGGUCGUGGCUCCUUGGCUGAAUAAGACUUGGUUACGUCGAAGGAAUACGGACGUAUUUGAAACCGCAAACAUCAGUACUGCUGAAGAAUAUUUGCCUCCCUCGGAAGAUGUUAAUGCACCAGAUUUGUAUAUUCCCAUUAUGCUUCUUGUAACGUAUAUUUUGCUUGGAAGCUUGGUGAGAGGUACUCGUGGAGAGUUUACUCCCGAAAUUAUGGGAAGUAUGGCGUCCAGCUGUUUGGCAUCUAUUGUGUUGGAAGUCCUUUUAGUUAAACUUGGUCUCUUCUUGAUUGGUUCGAAAGAAGGUGCUUGGUUGGAUUUGGUAGCAUAUAGUGGCUAUCAAUUUGUUGGAUUGGUGUUUACUACCGUGGUGGGUUUACUGUUCCAUACUAUAAUAUGUCCUCGCAUCGGCAGUAUAUUAUCAUCAUUUGUUUUGUUUUAUUCAGCUUCGAUGAUGGCAUUUUAAGACGCAUGGAGUGGUAUCGGGUCCUUCAUCGAAAC